GUAAACAAGGCCGGGACUGGAGGGGCUGCAGCUGAGCCGCUGCCCCAGCCGCCGCCAUGAUUCCCCCUGCAGACUCUCUGCUCAAGUAUGAUACCCCGGUGUUGGUGAGCCGGAACACUGAGAAACGGAGCCCCAAGGCUCGGCCACUGAAAGUCAGCUCCCAGCAGCCUGGACCCUCAGGUCCAGUGCCACAGCCACCCAAGGCCAAACUCCCCUCACCUUCCUUUAUCCCAGAUCCUACAAAGCAGGCAGAAGAAAUCUUGAAUGCCAUCCUGCCCCCAAGGGAGUGGGUGGAGGACACGCAGCUAUGGAUCCAGCAGGUGUCCAGCACCCCCAGCACCAGGAUGGACGUGGUGCACCUCCAGGAGCAGCUGGACCUGAAGCUGCAACAGCGGCAGGCCAGGGAGACGGGCAUCUGCCCUGUCCGCAGGGAGCUUUACUCACAGUGUUUUGAUGAGCUGAUCCGGGAGGUCACCAUCAACUGUGCAGAGCGGGGGCUGCUGCUGUUGCGGGUCCGGGACGAGAUUCGCAUGACCAUCGCCGCCUACCAGACCUUGUACGAGAGCAGCGUGGCCUUCGGCAUGAGGAAGGCGCUGCAGGCCGAGCAGGGGAAGUCGGACAUGGAGAAGAAAAUUGCAGAAUUGGAGACAGAAAAGAGAGAUCUGGAGAGGCAAGUAAACGAGCAAAAGGCAAAAUGCGAGGCCACCGAGAAGCGGGAGACGGAGCGGCGACAGGUGGAGGAGAAGAAGCACAACGAGGAGAUCCAGUUCCUGAAGCGGACAAACCAGCAGCUGAAGGCCCAACUGGAAGGCAUUAUUGCACCAAAGAAGUGAUUGAUAAUUUCCAUAUGGGUCUCAGUGAACACUACCACCCCAUCAUAAGCCCUUUGUAAUAAAAAGCUAGUUUCCUGAGUGAACAAGCCAUCCCCUCCCCUGACCACCACCUACCUAUUUGUCAGAAGUCCUAGUAUUGCCCAAGUGUCACGGAACACCUACGGUCUGGCAGCCAGGAUCCUAGUUGGGCAAGACCCUGAUAGUCUCAGUAUGCUGUAUGUGGGCCAACCAGGAGAUUUGCCAACUCCAGCAGUAAGACUCGGGAAGGAACUGCAUUCCCAUCUCACUCCAGCAUCCAUUUGUGGCCACAGGAAGCUGCUCCUGCCUCUCAAAUUUUUGGUUCACAGGUCCUCUUGUAUCUUAACAGGCUUCUCUGGCCUCCCCAUUCCAUUUUCAUUCCUAACCAAUGCAGAUUUUACUAACUCAUUUUGGAGCUUUGGUUUUCUCAUCCCCACCAACCAAAUCAACUGGAUCUCUUCCUCAAUUUAAGACUGCCUAGGUUAGGGAACAGCGACGGUCAAACCCACGGCUGCAGAGAAAGUAAAUGUUUGCUAGAAAGGAAUACAAGUCCCAGUGUCCUUUGUGAGCUGUCCACACCUCAGCUCCUCCCCUACUGUAGACAUCAUUUAUCUUAUUCUGUAGAAAACUGAACACUGACUCCACAUCUCCAUAGUUGGAGAGCUAACCAUCUCUCAUAUUCAGUUCUUAUUACUUUUUGUGUGUGUGGGUAUGUGUGUGGUACUGGGGAUUGAACUCAGGGGUGCUCUACCACUGAGCUAAAUCUUUCUUAUUUUUUUAAAUUUUGAGGCAGGGUCCAAGUUGCUGAGACUGGCCUCGAACUUACAAUCCCCCUGCCUCAGCCUCCCAAGUCACUGAUGCCAUUGUGCCCAGGUGCAGUUCUAAAUUAUUAAUGACCAGAGUAUGGCCUACAGACAGCUUCUGUAGACCCAGAGGAUUGAAUUUAGUGACACAAAUCCUAAUUCUGGGCAGACUGGGGUGCACUAGGGCACAAGCUAGGCGACACCCAUCAUUCAGUUUAAGUAACCCAAGUCCAGUUCCUUAGGAAGCCACUAGUAUUUCAAUGGGUUGAAAUGCCGCAAGCAUUCAGUAUCCUCACUCCUUGGCAGAGAUUUGAUGUGACAUCCUAAUUAAGGCUUCAAGACUUACUGGAAAAACUAGUCCCACAAGAGAUGUUCCUAGAACAUAGCCCACCACUCUAAUCUCAGGUUGCAAGUCAAGCUUUGACCCUUACCCAGUGUCCUGAGGAAUUAUGAGUCCAUUCAAGUGACCUGCCUGUGCUACCAUCUUCUUGGGAAAGAACUUCACUCCCUGAGAUCUGCUGGUCCCAUGGCUGUGACAGUAAAGCAAGUGUGUUCUAAAUGGGUCCACUUCACUCAUGAGGGACAAAAGUUGCCAGAGCUUUCUCUUCAUAUUUUAAAAUCCAGUCAAGUACACCAACAUCCUUGAAAUACUCUACAGCUCUAUAUGCUUCUUCCCACACUCCUCCUUGGCAGUAUAAAGGAAAUACCACUCUGCAUUCUGUGGCUCUCAUAUCCCAUUUCAGCACACACACACAACCGGAGUUACGCUCUAGAGGAACUUAGAGCUGACUCAGGUGUCUGAGGAGUCAAUGGACUUGGUGGAACUCUGAGGGCUGAGGGCUUUAUUUCCACCAGCACUGGUGAACGGCUUCAGCAGUCAAGCCUCAGAACAUGUGCACUGCGGCCUUAGACAUGCCAAGUGGGCAUGAAGAAAAUGACAAUUUCUAAUUGUAUUUUUUUGUAUAACAUAAUUUAAUAAACGAUUUUUUAC